AUGACGUCUCAAAUUCCUUCAAGUGAUGCCUAUGUUUUAGGAGUGGGACUCACACAGUUUCUUAAACCACGGCGUACUCGGGAAUAUCCAGAGUUGGGGUAUGAAGCUGCUGUAAAAGCCUUGAUCGAUGCUAAAGUCAACUAUGAUGAAGUGCAGCAAGUAGUGGGGUGUUAUUGCUAUGGAGAUACUACUUGUACAGAAAGGAUAGCAUAUGGUCUAGGUAUGACUGGCGUACCCAUCUAUAAUGUCAACAAUGCGUGCGCAACCGGUAGUACUGGGCUCCAUAUGGCAAGAAGAAUGAUCAAGGGCGGACUGGUAGAUUGCGCUCUUGUGGUUGGAUUCGAGCAAAUGCGUCCUGGGUCUAUCAAAAGUGUAUGGGAUGACCGCCCCAGCCCCUUGGGCCCUUCUACCGCCUUGAUGGAAGAUAAAUUUGGGAAACAUAAUGCACCCCGGAAUGCACAGUAUUUUGGAAAUGCCGGGAAAGAGUAUAUGCAAAAGUACGGCGCGAAAGCUGAAGACUUUGCUGAAAUAGCUAGGAUCUCACAUGAACAUUCGCAAAGAAACCCGUAUGCCCAAUUUCAGGUGAAAUACACACUGGAAGAAAUCAUGAACUCUACUCCUGUCUACGGACCCCUUACGAAACUCCAAUGCUCACCAACGAGUGACGGUGCAGCUGCAGCUGUCAUAGUCUCGAAGCGCUUCUUGGAUGCGCGACCUCACCUAAAGCCACAAGCCAUUCUGAUGGCCGGUCAAGCAUUGUUGACUGAUGGACCAGAGGUUUACUCUGGGAGUGCAAUUGAUCUUGUUGGGUUCAACAUGUCUCGUCAUGCUGCCGAAGAAGCAAUGAAAGAGGCUAAUGUUAAGGUCAGAGAUAUAAAAGUAUGCGAGAUCCAUGACUGCUUCUCAACAAAUCAGCUACUUUUGCUUGAUGCCCUAGGGUUCUCAGAGCCAGGAAAGGCUCACGAAAUGGUUCGCCGUGGAGACAUCACAUAUGGUGGGCGCGGGCCAGUCGUCAACCCUUCCGGGGGCUUGAUCUCCAAAGGCCAUCCACUUGGCGCCACAGGAGUGGCACAAUGUGCCGAGCUUACGUGGCAACUUCGUGGGUGGGCUAAUAAUAGGUUAGUCCCUGACACUGAUGUUGCCUUACAGCACAACUUGGGGCUGGGUGGAGCAGUAGUCGUGACUAUCUACAAGCGGGCGGAUGGCCAGAAAAAUCGCGCUCUUUCUAACGAAGAAAUUGCCAAAUUAUCGGGGCUGGGAUACAAUCCAGCGGUCGAGGCUCGUUAUAUUUCCCCCCAGGAUGGUGAGCGUGUGCGAAGUAAGACCAAGCGCCAUGACUACCCUCUGCGUGAGACGGUGAGAAAGCUUGCGGCGCGGAUCUAG